AUGACGAGGCGCCUGUGGGUGCCCUCCCAAUACACUGCCAAGCCUUUCCGCUGGGCAGAGGGACACAAUGGGACUGACUUCUUGGCCACCCUCUUUGCAUUCCGCAAUCGGUCGUCCUUUUUCCACGAGGAUCUGGACGUGGACGACAUGGGCGACUUCGAGAGCGGCACCCGCUAUGAAGGGGAGUCCCAGAGCCAGAUGGUGAAGGCCCUGCUGAUCGUGGCUUACUCGGUCAUCAUCUGCAUCUCUCUCUUUGGCAACAUGGUGGUCUGCCACGUAGUGAUCAAGAACAAGAGGAUGUACUCGGCCACCAGCCUCUUCAUCGUCAACCUGGCCGUGGCCGACAUUAUGAUCACCAUUCUCAACACCCCAUUCACGCUGGUGCGAUUUGUUAGUAGUACCUGGAUUUUUGGGAAACUGAUGUGCCACAUCAGCCGGUUUGUCCAGUACUGCUCGGUCCACGUGUCAGUGCUCACCCUCGCAGCGAUUGCUCUGGACCGCCAUCAGGUGAUCAUGCAUCCCUUGAAGCCCCGCAUGUCCAUUUUGAAAGGAGGAGUUUGUAUCAUCGUCAUCUGGGUGAUGGCAAGCUGUUUCUCUCUGCCCCAUGCAAUUUACCAGAAGCUGAUAUGGUUUCCUAAUGGAAACCGAACAAUACGGAUGGCUUGUCUCCCCAGCUUCCCACCUCCGACUGACCUUUUCUGGAAGUACCUGGAUUUGACUACCUUUGUCCUUCUGUACGUUCUCCCUUUGUUGGUGAUUUCCAUCACUUACACAAUGGUUGCCAAGAAGCUCUGGAUGAGGAAUGCCAUUGGUGAUGUGACCAUGGAGCAGUACUAUGCCCAUCAGCGGAAGAAGAAGAUGACCCUGAAGAUGCUUAUGGUGGUCGUGGUGGUCUUUGCCGUCUGCUGGUUCCCCCUCAACUGCUACCUGGUCCUCAUGUCCAGCAAAGCGAUCCACAGCAACAACGCCCUUUACUUUGCUUUCCACUGGUUUGCCAUGAGCAGCACCUGCUACAAUCCCUUCAUUUACUGCUGGCUGAACGAGAGCUUCCGCUCAGAGCUCAAGUCCCUGCUGGGCGUCUGCUGGAGGAAGGAUGUCUCCAGGAAUCAUGCCCUGCAGUCCAUAUCGCCUCCUUUCAGGCACGCAUGGAAUGAGAAUUGCCAUUGCAAACAUGACAUCACCUCUCAGCACACGAGGGAUGAGUCCCACCAGCUUUCAGCCAGGACAGACAUUUCUAUAGUUCAGCCAGUCAUGACAGGAAGCUGA